AACAAAUCAAUCUCAUCAACUCUCAAUCAACAAGAACCUUUAAUAAAUCUUUUCAAUCAACCACCACUUUACAAUCACAUCAUGUCUCUUCACUACCUCCCACCAGUUAAGCCAUCGGCUAUUGCCCUCGGUACCAUCUUCAACCACGCUGCAUCCCUUGCUGUCCUCGGCCCAGUCUUCGGCGAGACCUACCACAGAGCUCAAGCUGCCAACUCCAAGGAAGAAUUUGUUAAGUCAAAGGAGGCUGCUUCCGCCGCUGCGGCAUGGGGAACUUCCCUUGUCGGUAGCGCCGUCCAAUCAUAUGGUGUUGGUGCUUUGAUCAAUGCCACCGGUACUCUCUCAUACAAGGGUGCUGCAUACUUGGGAUCUUUGAUCUUCAUGGCUUCAUCUGCUCCAUCUUUCAUUGCACAAGUCACCACUGAGAAGCGACCACUCGACACUGUUGCCGUUGGAGCUCUCGCCCGCGUUUUCGAGACUGUCGGUCUCUCUCUCUUCCUCACCUGGUGGGGAACCCACACCAACCCAUUCGAGUAAAUGUAUUACGCUUUAAUAUUGGGUAUGAUCGUUGGGAAGGAUUAACGGAAUGGGGUUAUGGCAUGGGAAGGAAAUGACGUGCGGAUUGGAGUAUUCCGUUUCGUCUGUGUAUUAUCUCGACUCUGAAUCAAUUCACUUUUAUGACUUUAUGAUUUAAUCGUCAAUAAUUGCACAGCUUUAUUAGGC